CUCACGACAGAACUCUCAGCUUAGUCACAGCUCGGAGAUCAGCUUUGCUCAGGGAGAUCGAAGCUCGGUACGGCGUCUGCUACGAUGCUCGGAGCAAUGAAGCUUGUUCUCAGGAGGGAGAAGAGCAGAGCUGCGGGGAUAUUUUCGUGUGACUUGGCCGGUUACUUCUCGACGUCGUCCAGCUGCCAGAGGCUGUCCGGUAAAGUCGCCGUGAUCACCGGCGCGGCCAGCGGCAUCGGCAAGGCGACGGCCGUCGAGUUCAUCCGGAACGGCGCCAAGGUCAUCCUCGCGGACAUCCAGGACGACGCGGGCCGCUCCGUGGCGGCCGAGCUCGGCCCGGGCGCGGAGUACACCCGCUGCGACGUGACCGACGAGGCGCAGAUCGCCGCGGCGGUGGACCUCGCCGUGGCCCGCCACGGCCGGCUCGACGUCCUCUACAGCAACGCCGGCGUCUCCGGGUCCUCGGCGCCGGCGCCCCUGGCGGCCCUCGAGCUCGCGGACUUCGACCGCGUCAUGGCGGCCAACGCGCGGUCCGCGGUGGCCGCCGUCAAGCACGCCGCGCGCGUCAUGGUGCCGCGGCGCAGCGGCUGCGUCCUCUGCACGGGGAGCACCACGGGGAUGAUGGGCGGGGUCGCGGCGCUCCCGUACAGCCUCUCGAAGGCGACGGUGGUGAGCGUGGUGCGGCUGGUGGCGGAGGAGCUGGCGCGCGACGGCGUGCGCGUCAACGCCAUCUCGCCGCACGCCAUCGCGACGCCGCUGCUGGUCCGGUCGCUGGCGAGGGCGCACCCGGGCGUCGGCGACGAGGCGCUGAAGCGGAUGGUGGAGAGGGGCAUGAGCGAGCUCCAUGGGGCGGUGCUGGAGCCGGAGGACGUGGCGAGGGCUGCCGUCUACCUGGCGUCCGACGAGGCCAAGUAUGUCACUGGCCAUAACCUAGUGGUGGACGGCGGUUUCACGGUCGGGAAGCCGAUCAAUGUGCACGCGGCAAGCUGAUCAAGCUAGUUCCAACAUUUUGCAAGUUGAUUCUCUUCUACUCCCUCCGUCCGAAAAUACUUGUCCUCGAAAUGGUUGUAUCUAGACUUAUAGAUACAUCCAUUUUAUCCAUUUUGAGGACAAGUAUUUCCGAACGGAGGAAGUAUGAAGUAGUAUAUGACAUGCAUGCUUGUGCGUAUUUAAAAAAAAUAUUUUCCUUUUUA